AAUUCUCCUGCAUGUCGCUGCUUGCUCCGGAUCGUACGCAGCGUUCGAUGUCGCACCUGCAUUUGGCGAAUUCAGCAUCCCACCGUUGUGUGGUGAGCGCGAUGCGCAGGGAUCGCGCUUCUAAAGGUACACAUAUGCAUGCCACGUAUUACAAGUCUUGUCACCUGCGACUUCUUAUCUGCCUCACCACCGUCUGACCGCCACCACCUUGAGAGCUUCCCAGAGGAACGUCACGCUCUCAUCACGAGUGCGCUCCUUCUGUCCUCAUCAUUCGAACCUUGCGCACGGGCAUCGCAGUUCGAGUGGAUUUGGUAUUCUUUCUACUUGAUGCACACAUCUCUAGGGAAAGCUACUGGUCCCAUGCACCGACUUCUGUCGGGUUCGCAUACUCUGGGAACCUGGAUUUUCCCCGCCAUAUGAAGCUGUAGAGCUUCCCCGUUAUCUCAUACACCGCUUCUCGUUCACUCUCAUCUCCCACCCUGUCAGCAUGUCUUCCAGCAUCGACCGCAUUGCGCUUGUCACAGGCGCCGCGCAGGGCAUAGGCAAAUCCAUCGCCCUCAGACUCGCCGCUGACGAUCUGCACGUUGCGCUCGCGGAUCUCCCUCGCGCGCAGGAGCCGCUCGAGAGCGUGGCGAAGGAGAUCGAGGCGACGACGGGACGCAGGACGCAUAUUGUUACCGGCGAUGUGAGUAACGAGGAGCAUGUGGAGAGAAUGGUGCGGGAGACUGUGGAGAGGCUUGGGGGACUCGAUGUGAUGAUCGCAAACGCGGGGGUGAUUCGCGCGGGCACCGUCACUGAGACGACACUCGAGAACUGGACCACGGACAUGAACGUGAACGCCACCGGCACGUUCCUCUGCUUCAUGCACGCCGGGCGGCAGAUGAUCGCGCAGGGCCGCGGCGGACGCAUGGUCGCGGCGUCGAGCGUCGCUGGCAAGAAGGGGCAUCCAAAUCAGGUCGCGUACUGCGCGGCCAAGUUUGCGGUGCGCGCUAUUACGCAGUGUGCUGCUAUCGAGCUUGGGCAGCAUGGGAUUACAGUGAAUGCGUAUGCUCCGGGUGCUAUUGUAACUCCCAUGCGUGAGCCGGAUUCUACCUGUGCAUUGGAGGAGAACACGCCUAUUGAGAACUAUAACAUGGCAGAUCGAGCAGCUGUCCAGAAGUUGGGCUCGGCAGACGAUGUCGCGAGCAUCGUGUCGUACCUCGUCAAGCCGGAGGCACAUUUUAUCACGGGUUAG